AUGCAACUCUUUUUUGCAAUGAAGCACAAUAUGAAGAUCAACUGGACUUAUGUGAUUAUGAGACAUAUAGAAUUUUCCAAAGGAUUGUUUGGAGGGUAUCCGUAUGCUAGAGCUACAACCAAGGUUUUGAACACUUGUGCAGUUGAAUUGCAUAGGGAACCUUCGAAGAACAUGGGUAGAACAAGUAUUAUUUCCAGCAACACAUUUUUGAAAAAUAUGGGUAUUUUUAAGGAUGUCAAUGGCAUUUUCAAACACACAGUUGUAGAAGAUGUGGUUGCUCCUCUUCUCGCUCCCGAAGGUGGCUAUACCAUGGAAUUCAUUUACAACAAACUUUAUGAGAUGGACCUUCGUCACACGGCCAACCUUCGUGAUAUUUGUGGUGAUGUCGCCUUCCUUAAGAAACAACAUUGUUGUUGCAUUGGGGAAGAAGAAGAGGAAGAAGAGGAACGUGAUGAGGAAAAUGAGGAGAUGGAUGAAAAUUAA